AUGGCUGGGAUCUUUCGCACCAUCUAUGACUGGCUCUUGAGGAUGUUCUGGGCGACGGAGAUGGAUGUCACUAUGAUCGGCCUGCAAAAUGCCGGCAAGUCCUCCCUGCUGCGCGUGCUAGCGGGUGGUGAGUUCACGGUUGACUCCAUCCCGACCAUCGGGUUCAACACCAAACGUGUUCAAAAGGGCCAUGUCACCCUAAAAUGCUGGGAUUUGGGGGGUCAGCCCCGAUUCCGCCCGAUGUGGGAACGAUACUGUCGGGGCGUCAACGCUAUUGUAUAUAUCGUGGAUGCCGCCGACCGAACGGCCUUGCCGGCGGCCACUGAGGAACUGCAUGAGCUGAUGACCAAGCCCACAUUGGAUGGUAUCCCGCUCCUCGUCCUCGGUAACAAGUCUGAUCUUCCGGUCAAGCUGUCCGUGGAUGAGCUGAUCGAGGCGAUGGACCUCAAGUCGAUCACGCACCGUGAAGUCAGCUGUUACGGGAUCAGCGCCAAAGAAGAGACCAACCUUGACGCGGUCCUGCACUGGCUGAUUGCCCGCGCCAGUCGGUAA